GAUAUAUUGUGUGAAUGUAGUUCUAAUGGUUGGUUACAAACUUGUAUAAUGCAAAAUAAGUUUCUUCAUUAGAGUUAGUGUACUAAGUUAAAAUUAAGGAAAUUAUUAAAAUGGACAUAACAAACUCUGAUGGCCAGAAAGGGAAGUAUAUUGAGUUGGUCAUAAUUGAUGCUGAAAUUAAUCAAAAUAAUGAAGCAUCACGUUCACUUGUAGACGACAAAGAUGUUGAUAGUGAAGAUGACAAUGACUAUGAGGCUAAAGAGAAUUAUGACGGAUUAAAUGGCACCAAUCGAACAGUCACAUUACAAACAUUAAUGAGUGCAAAUGUUUUGCAGCCAGGUAAAGCGGUAAUGACUAUAGACUAUUUGGGCCAAAAAUUUUUCGGAGAUUUGAUGCCGGACGGUAAAAUAAAAUCACAAGAAACUGAAACAUUAUUUCUUACUCCAAGUGCGUGGGCAGUGCAUUGCAAACGUUUUAUAAAUCCGGAAAAAAAAAGCGGAUGUGGUUGGGCAUCUGUGAAAUAUAAGGGGAGAAAGUUAGAUGUCUAUAAAAAUUCAUGGCUACGAAAAUGUGCCUUGCAAAAAGAUGUCAAUUUCGAUGAUUCAGAAUCAGAAGCGGAUAAAAAGUCGGAUUGCCUUUUGCCAAAUAUAAAGCGAAAUAUAUGUUCAUACAAUACUAUAAUGAACCGAAAUUUACCACAUGAUGGAAAUAUGUUAAUAAAAGCAGUGUCGUUUAUAUCGAUGGGAAAAGUACAACCAUUUUUAAUUACAUUUAAUUCUUCGGCUUUGCUGCUGGUUGACUUCCAUUGCCACUUAACCAUGCGCGAAGUUUGCGGUUAUUUUGGAGGCCAUUGGGAUAUAAAUACUCACACUUUGAACAUAACGAAGACAUAUCCUUGCAGAAAUAUGCAAAAAUCGGUUCAAGAAGAAAAACAUAUAAAAAAUAUGAUAAUGUGUGAUCAACUUCUGCUUGUGGGGUGGUAUCAUUCCCAUCCGAAAUUUCAAGCGGAUCCUUCAUUGCGAGAUUGCGAUGCACAGUUAGACUUCCAAAUUCGAAUGCGCGGAUCUUCAGAUACUACGUAUACACCGUGUGUGUCAACAAUAGUUUCUCCAUAUUAUGAUGAAAAUCCMAGCUUAGAAWCAGUAMUUAAAUCAAUAUGGGUUAUGCCGCCGAAUGAGACCAARSAGGUWUUGGAAUAUGGACGUCCGAURUUAAUGCAAUAUUCAGUCAUAUUGGAUAAGGAAGCACCAGCAUAUGUGCAUUCUGAAUUGCAAGCAUGUGCGACCUAUUAUGCAAAGUYGCGAAAUGAAUUAAUUAAAUUUAACAGCAUUUUUAUUGAAGACGUAACAUUUUUAGAAAAGUUAAAMCACACUUUAUAUUUAAAACUUCCUGCGGAACAGGAUAAUACUAUCUUUUGGAACURGAUUUGUGAAAUUUUAGGUUGUGGGAACGAWGGMAAAUUUAUUCUUCCUAAAACAAUGACACAUAUUGGCAAUAAGGCUWAACAYACUUCUUCUGUAGAAUACAGUGUUGAUUUACAUCAACACGAAAUUAAACAMGUUAUAUAUGAUAAAAAAWUUGUGGAAAUAGAAAAACAUAAUCUUGAUAGAAASGGUAGYGAAAUAAAAAUUCUGUCGCUGCAGGAGCAACUUUGUUUACCAUCUGGAUUAAACAUGAAUCCAGUUCGUACAUUUGCWUCUUYGACGUCGUCUAAUCAGUUAGGAUCCAAUAAUAUACCAUCGUUAACGACUAAAAGUACUAAUGUUUCAUCUAACCAAACAUCUACUAGUUCGAUCGUUACAACUUUAAGUUCAGAAAUACUAUCGCCUUUGUCAACUAUUGGAUCGGCUUUACCAACUGUCUCUUUUACAGAAAUACAUUUACAUGACAGUCCAAUAACGGUACCUUCMUGCUCCGCAAGUCCAGUUAAAUCAGAAAUACCUUUAUUAAGCUCCCCUUCACCUACCAAAUCAGAAACACCACUGUAUUCUCAGCAUUCUAACAGUGCAACAUUACUUAAUUCUAGAAAUCAAAAUAUAUUAAACAUAACAUCGAAUUACGAGAUACCAAAUGAGUCUCAAACACAAUUAACAGAAUUCCAUUCUACAACGAAUGAUUUGGUCGCCGCAAGUUUAGUCCAUUUAGCUGAUCGGCUAGCCCCUAAUUUUAUACAAAAUGAUCUGACUAACAUUUUUCAACAGCAUAGUGCUGAUAAAAAUAAUCGAAGCUCUACUAAUGAUCAAAUCAUUUCUGAAAGGAGCGGAGAACAAAAAGAUAAUUCAUGUGAAACAGUUGUAAGUGGUUACACAAAAAACUUCAAUGCAUCACGAUCGUUGGGAACRCAGAAUCAAGAAACUGCUGAAAGUACUAAAAACAAAGCGGAGCCGUCGAGGCUUUCAUCACCUGUAAUCUUCUCAUCUAAUAACACAAGCUUAUAUAAAACAAAACUUAUGAAAGAAUUGGAUARUAUAAAAAAUGAUCCCUUAAAAAUGAAUGAACUUAUGCGCUCUCCGGAAUAUGCUGCUCUCCUUUUACAUCAGGCGGAAGCGCUCGGUGCAACUACACUCGGCACACUUGGUUUAGGAUCUGAUUUAAAUUUUUUAACAGGCACUACCCUUGGAUCUAAGACCGAUCAAACGCAGACACCUGACUACAAUAAUUUAGCUCAAGUUUCGAAAUUUCUCGGGUAUGAAACUUGUAUGCAAUUGGCAAAAGCAGAUGAUUUUAGCGCUUUUAUACAACAACAAAUGGGCGCUGUGGCAGCUGCUGCAUUGGUAAAUGUGUCCCUUUCAUCGAAAAAGCAAAAACAGUCAGAAUCUCAAGUUMAAACGGACUAUGGUUCACUUUUACAAACAUAUUCAAAACUUUUUGAAAAUGAAAAUAAUUUUCGUUGCGGAUUGGUUGCAGGAAAGUCCUUAAAUAACCCGCAUAAUGAAUUAUCUGAUUUGCUUUCAGUUGGAGCCGAUACUGACCUUUCUUCAUUUGAUUCCAAACUGAAGACCAAAGAUGUUUCUUCACAAAAGCAAAGUGAAAAUCAAAAUCAGACUGAAAAUUCAYUUUUUUACCACCAGAAUAAGGCUGUUUCUCAAUUGAGUUCACUAUUUGCUCCUUCAACACCGACAGCUAACUUAUCAYCUUCUAAUAAAUUGUGCAAUAGUACGAAUUCGACGAAUGUGGCUGCCAUUGUAGAUUCCCCUAGUUUCUUUAAUGCAUUUUCUCAAGAAAAAGCUCAAGAAUAUACAUUUUUUCAGCAGCAACAUAUUAAACAAGAUGAAAAUUUUUUUCUUUCGCCUGCUACUAUGUUAAAAUUACAGAAAGAUUCGCUAUCUGCAAUGAUGAUGAAACCACCUAAAUCAACCUCAUCAACUCUUGCGACAAUAUCUCGUUCACGUGAAGCUUCAACGUCUACAGUACUAAGUACAAUAAAAGGCGGCUCUGCCAAUAGUAUGAAGUAUAAUUAUAGUGCAAUAGACUUGGCAGUUUCUAGUAUUCAGUCCAACACKUCUGCUCCGAUUUCGGUUGAAGCUAGUAACAAUUUGAUGUCGAAACGAAUACCUUCAAAUACACCACCUGUUGAUCUCAGCCGUCUUUAUAGUGAAGGUCAAUCUGCAUCCGUAAUUGGUUCCCUAAAAAAGCGUAUGGAAUUCUCAUCCAUAGCAGAGCUUGCUGCACCUCCACCUACAAAAAUUUCAAAAGAAUUAAAUUAAAUUAAUKCAGUCUYUGAAWUACAYUGAAAGAAAUAUUCACAAUAAUAUAUUUUAAAAGUGGAAUAGCAUUAGCCAUUAUUUUGACAAACUUUGGAAAACCAUCAUUUAUGUAUUUGGUAAAAAAUAAUAAACUUAUUGUAUUUUUUUUUAGAAAUA